AUGUUGCGCUCAGACAGCCGUGUUAAAUCAUCCCCCAUCGCCUGGCCUCAGGUCGCAGCAGCCCAAGACGGAUUGCUACGACUUUUGGCUCAAAGACCACAAUCACGCGGCGUUGGACAAGCCAACAGUGCAACUCCACAACCCGUCAUUCCAGCCGAGACUGGUAGGGUGCGGGAGGGUGACCCGGCGACAGAUGUCGUUGAAUGGAUAGACUAG